AUGGCUAUUCCCACGAUCGUGGACAUCGCCCCCACGAUAGAACGAAGACCGGGGGAGAAAGAGCUAGGCUUGAAACUAUUCAUCGAACUGCUGUCGUAUCAAUUGGCGUCUCCAGUGCGAUGGGUCGAAACCCAGCAACAGCUCUCUAGGGGCGAGUCAAGCAUCCAAAGAUUCGUAGAGAUUGGACCUCGGACUAUCCUUUCGACCAUGGCAAAAAAGUCUGCUAAUAUCGAAUCGAACUGUCAUCCAUCGAUAAACUCGUCCAACCCCGAGUUUCUUUCCUACCAUGACAAUCGACCGGAAAUCAUGUACUAUUACGAGCAGAACACAGGCGUUGAUCCGGUUUCUCGGCCCAUAGACACUUUGGUCAAGAAUACUAGCUCUCCGAGUCUACCGAAGCGUCACCUCUCCCCACCAAAAGCCUUUCCCACGAGCGCCAUUCCCAGUGCGGAUCUCAGCCUACAGACUGGUCAUGUCCUUCUCGCCAUGACGGCGCAGAAGCUUGGUCGCCGAUUUGAUCAAGUCUCGCUUGAAAAAAGUAUUCGCGAUCUAUCUGGUGGGAAAUCCACACUGCAGAACGAGUUGACCGGUGACCUAGUUGCGGAGUUUGGUCGAGUUCCAGAAGGCGUUGAAGACAAAUCUCUGUCAUCUCUAGCAGAAACAUUCAACCCAGAGUUUAGUGGCGCGCCCGGAAAGGCGAUGUCUGUUCUCAUCUCGAGGCUUUUAUCCAGCAAGAUGCCAGCAGGAUUCCAUCAAAGUGAUGUCCAAGAUUACUUAAACAACCGCUGGGGGCUUACAAGAUCCCACGCAUACAUACCACUAUGCUUUGCAACCACGAUGGAGCCUGCGGUGCGCCUCUCAAGUGCCGACGAAGCACGAGCUUACCUUGAUAAUCUGGUGCAGAAGUAUGCCUCGUUUCAAGGCAUAUCUUUGUUACCGACAAGUCCAGCCUUCGAGACUCAUGAAUCUCCUGCUCGAGCCGUCUUGGAUGUAGCUGAACUGAACGAAUUCAAAAAGCGGAACUCUGAACUACACAGGUCAUACUUUAACUCAUUAGCGAAAUAUCUCGAUAUUGAUUAUCGUGAUUCAGAAAGAACAUUUGCAGGGUCAGAAGCCCGCAUAUCCGAUCUAGAAAGUAUAAUUAAUCUGUUGAACGCCGAACUAGAUGAACAGUUCAUCGAAGGCAUUAAACCGAUGUUCAGUCUCAAACAAGCUCGCGAGUAUGACUCUUGGUGGAACUGGUCCCGCGAGGGACUAAUCCGCCUUUUGCACGAGAUUUGCAAAGGCCCUUCGAGUACCUGUCCUCCAAACAUGGAAAGUCGCCUGCAGAGUCUCUUGAAUAGAUGGGACACUAGCUGUUCGGAUAUUGCAUUCGCUCAACUAGCUGAACUACGUCUUUCUUUUGAUGCCCAUUCAAACGAACUUCAACCAAUCCUCGAAGAGAUUAUUUCCUUGGGCACAGAGGCACUUUCAAUUGACCCCAUUUUCGUCCACAACCUUCCUCCGAUGAGGCCUCAAACAGCCAUAGCAGAUACAGGCCACCUCGAAUACCGGGAAAUUCCACGGCAUAUUGAGCAUUAUUCUGAAAUCAUUGCGGGCGUCUCGCCAUGCGCCAGCGAUGCUACCGCAUCCCCAUUCAUCCAUAUCAAGACUCGAAGCAACGGGGAAGAUUGGAGGUUCGACCCGAAGGCUACUAGUCUGUAUCACGCCAUGCUCGAUGUUGGUGUUACGACAGGCUUUACCUUUGCCAAUAAAGCAGUCUUGGUUACGGGCGCCGGUCCCAGCUCCAUUGCGGCGAGUGCGGUUCAAGGGCUCUUGAGCGGCGGUGCUCGUAUUAUUGUCACAACGAGCAGAUCAAUAUCACAAAGCUCAGGGUUCUAUCAAAAUAUGUAUCGCCGAUACGGUGCCAAGGGCUCAUCUCUGACUGUUUUACCCUUCAACCAAGCUAGCAAGCAAGACUGCGAAAAACUUGUACAGCAUAUCUAUGGUCCUAAUUCCCCUACAAUGGGUGACUUAGACUACGUCCUUCCAUUCGCCGCCAUUCCGCAAGCUGGGGAGCCGGACGCUCUGGGAGGUCGGCAAGAGCUUUCACUAAGAGCCAUGCUCGUGAAUAUCCUGCGCCUUCUUGGCUUUAUACGUCGAGAGAAAGAGCGUCUGCGCAUUGAAACCAGGCCAACCAUGGUCAUUCUGCCAAUGUCCUGCAACGAGGGGACGUUUGGUGGUGACGGGCUAUACUCUGAAUCCAAGAUCGGGUUAAAGGGUCUCUUUAAUCGGUUUUUCUCGGAGAGCUGGUCAAACUUCUUGACGGUAUGCGGGGCAGUCAUCGGGUGGACAAGAGGCACAGCGCUUAUGCAGUCGUCAAACAUUGUGGCGGAAGAGGUGGAAAAGCUGGGUGUCCUUACUUUUACCCAGCAAGAAAUGGCUUUCAAUAUCCUCUCGUUGAUGACGCCUGCGCUGACUGCUCUGGCCGAGGAUGCACCGAUAUACGCCGAUUUGACCGGUGGCCUUGGCUCGAUGUGGAAUGUCAAGAAGGACAUAGCCGACGCUCGGAAACGGUUAUCCCAGCAACAAGCUCUACAGACUGCCAUAGCCGAGGACGAUGCUCGUGAGCGAGCCUUGGGGUGCGCGACGAACGCAAAGGCCGAAGCAGUCGUCCGGAGUAUCAGACGAGCCCGGCUGGGUCUUCCAUUCCCGCCGCUUUCAGACAUAGACGAAAGCUAUCCCAACCUCAAGGGGAUGGUCGAUCUUACUCGCGUCCCAGUAAUCGUAGGGUACUCGGAAUUAGGCCCGUGGGGUAACGCUCGGACGCGGUGGGAUAUUGAGCACCAAGGGGAGUUCAGUCUAGAAGGCUAUAUCGAGAUGGCCUGGAUCAUGGGUCUCAUCAAGCACGUUGACGGCCAGGUAAAAGGUGAGCCUUAUGUAGGCUGGGUGGACGCAGGCACCCAGACUCCGAUUCAAGAUGACCAAGUGCCGGAAAAGUACCAUAAACACAUUAUGGCACAUGCAGGACUGCGCCUAAUCAAGCCCACCAAACUUGACAACUACGAUCCAUCUCGCAAAGAGCUUCUUCACGAGGUGGCGGUAGAAGAGGAUCUGGCUCCUUUUGAGACUUCGAGGUUGACUGCUGAGGCUUUCAAGCUGCGCCACGGCGACUGCGUCACUCUACAGCUCAUUCCAGACACGGAUAACUGCCGGGUACAUAUUAGGAAAGGUGCAGUUUUGAUGAUCCCCAAGGCGGUUCCUUUCGAUCAGGUCGUUGCAGGAAGGAUACCCGAAGGCUGGGAUCCUGCCCGGUACGGGAUCCCUGAAGACAUCAUACAACAAGUGGACGUAACUACGCUAUACGCGCUUUGCUGUGUCUCAGAAGCAUUCCUGUCCGCAGGGAUUAAGGAUCCGUAUGAGAUGUACCAACACAUCCACGUUUCCGAACUGGCGAAUUGCCUAGGUUCUGGCGGCGGUCCAAUGAAAGUCAUUCAGAGCAUGUACCGCGACCGCUUCCUGGACCGUCAGAUGAGAGGAGAUAUCAUCCUGGAACAUUUCGUCAAUACGAUGGGUGCCUGGGUGAAUAUGCUUCUUCUGUCGGCUACCGGCCCUCUGAAGACACCCGUAGGCGCAUGCGCUACAGCCAUCGAGUCUCUAGACAUUGGCUGCGAGGCCAUACAAACAGGGAAAUGCAAAGUCGCAGUCGUUGGAGGCUGCGAUGACUACGGCGAGGAGCUGGCAUUCGAGUUCGCUAAUAUCAAAGCCACAGCCAACAGCACUGAAGAACUAUCGAAGGGCCGGACGCCGUCUGAUAUCUCUCGCCCAACGGCUAGCUCCCGUAGCGGAUUCGCUGAAUCGGCAGGAUGUGGUGUACAAGUCUUGAUGAGCGCGGCACUCGCGAUAGAAAUGGGCUUGCCUAUCUAUGGAGUUGUUGCCUACACUCAUAUGGCCAGCGAUCAAAUCGGCCGCUCUAUUCCGGCACCGGGAAAGGGUAUUCUGACAGCGGCUAGGGAGACCAGCCAGGCUCAACAGUCUCCUCUACUGGACCUGAGUUUCAGAAGAGCGGCUUUUGACGCAGAGGUUACGGAGAUCCACAACCUCACCCACAAAUCGGUCACAACCCCAGGGCAGGACCGAUCAGGGAUAUGCAACACCGCGAGCCUCCGAAUCAGUGACGCCAAAAACCGGUGGUCAAACAACAUCCGCCUCUCAGACCCAUCGAUUUCUCCCAUCAGAGCCAGUUUGGCAACGUGGGGGCUGACAAUCGACGAUAUCAAAGUCGUCUCGAUGCACGGGACAUCAACCAAAGCCAACGAGGUCAACGAAGGAGACGUCAUAAACACGCAAAUGAGGCAUCUCGGUCGUCGAAAAGGCAACCCACUACUCGCAGUCUGCCAGAAGUCGCUGACCGGGCAUCCAAAAGCCGGCGCUGGUGCCUGGCAACUCAACGGCUGUCUGCAAAUGAUGCAGGAAAGGAUUGUCCCUGGCAACCGCAACGCAGAUAACAUCGACAGCCAAUUACGGCAGUUCGAGCACCUCGUUUACCCCAUGGAAUCUAUGAGGGUGCCAGAGGUCAAAGCUACCCUGCUGACGUCGUUCGGCUUCGGGCAGAAAGGCGCUAUUAAUAUCAUGGUCUCGCCACGGUAUCUCUUCGCUUCGCUCUCCAAGACGCAGUAUGAAGAUUACCGAACACGGACGACGACACGGCAGCGCUCAGCAACCCCCACGUUUGUCUCCCGGAUGCUCAAGAAUAAUCUCGUGCAGGUCAAGACUCGCCCGCCGUGGAAUGACCCCGACGCGAUGCGGGAUUUCUUCCUAGAUCCCACCAGCCGCGUUGUUGAUGGCCAGAUAUCGCAUGCCUGUGAAAAAUCCGAUAUACCGGAAGCUGGUUCCCCUUCCGCGUCGGUUGAAGGAACGUUGCACGCCAUGAUAGGGACGCUCAAUCGCUCAUCCCCAGCUUCCUCGGUUGGAGUCGACGUCGAAGAAAUCGCCAAUAUCAACAUCGAUAACCCGGUCUUCAUCAGUCGGAACUUCACACCCGCAGAGCGCGAGUACUGUCAAAAUGCACCGGAUCCCCGCGCCUCAUUUACUGGCCGCUGGGCCGCCAAAGAGGCUGUCUUCAAGAGUAUGCAGACCACAUCUGCCGGUGCUGGGGCUGCGAUGAAUCAGAUUGAGAUUCUCAAUGUGGAAGGCAUUCCUAGCGUUGCUUUUCAUGGACAAGCCCAAGUAGUGGCGAUGGCGAAGGGAAUCACUAACGUCGAAAUUACGAUCAGCCACUGUAACGACACGGCGAUUGCGGUGGCACUAGCAGUUAGGAAAAGCGAAUGA